GUGUCCUGGCAGCGCGUAUUUUUCCCAAAGCGUGCUGUGCCCACGCGGGUCGCGUACGCCGAACUCCUUGCAUCGGUGAAGGUGGAGUGGAGCAAUCUCCAACCUGCAGCUCUCGCGCGCACGGUGCGCGCUAUGCUGCAGGGCGAGAUCCACCUCAAAGGCCUGCACGCAAUUUUCGACCUCAGCCAAGAUGGCCUUGUUUCGGUCCAGGAGCUGCAGCAAGCUCUGAAACUGCUGCUUCCGCAGCUGUCGGACGACCAGGCGGCCGAAGUGAGCCGACGAAUAGCGCCCGAGAUGGCGGACCUCACCUUUGGCACCGUGAUAGACCGCCUUCUCGGGUUUGUGCCUCCACUGGACCUGCCUGACCCUGCCUUGGCAGAUGAGCUGGCGGAGCUGCGGCAGCGCAUCGUCGCUUGGGCGAAGCCUGAAGAUCGAUCUCCCCACACGGCCCUGUGGCGCUUCUUCCAGGAGUUCGAUGAGGCUUCGAGCACUUGGAGAACCGCGAUGGCGUGCUCUCCAUCGAAGAAGCGGUCCAUGGCUUCGAACAGCUGGAGUCACCUGCGUCACAUGUUGGCUUCUUUGCCCAAGCAAGCCGCCUCUUGCUCAGGCAACGUAGCGAUGCAGAGCGGUUGGCGCAACUGGCUGAUGUGCUGGAUACCAACAACUCAGGCACGCUCUCCUUCCUGGAGCUAG